GGCGGGCGGGCGGGCGGGCGGGCGCGGCCGGUGCAGCCUACCUCGCUGGGCGGCGCUGGCGGGAGGCGCUGGGUGCCCUAGUGCUGAGGGGGCUAUGUCGGAGGCGGCCCGGAGCCUCCUGCAGCGCUGGGGCGCCAGCUUCAGGAAAGGCACCGACUUCGACUCCUGGGGGCAACUGGUGGAGGCGAUCGACGAGUACCAGAUAUUAGCAAGGCAUCUACAAAAAGAGGCACAGUCUCAGCAUAACAACUCGGAAUUCACAGAAGAUCAAAAGAAAACCAUAGCUAAAAUUGCAACAUGCUUGGAACUGAGAAGCGCAGCUUUACAGUCCACCCAAUCACAGGAUGAAUUUAAGCUUGAGGAUCUGAAGAAGUUGGAACCAAUCUUAAAGAAUAUCCUCACUUACAAUAAGGAGUUCCCCUUUGAUGUUCAGCCUGUCCCACUCAGGAAGAUUUUAGCACCUGGAGAAGAGGAACACUUGGAGUUUGAAGAAGAUGAUGAGGAAGGAGGAGCUGGAGCAGGGUCUCCAGACUCUUUUCCUGCUAGAGUUCCAGGUACUUUAUUACCCAGAUUGCCAUCUGAACCCGGGAUGACGUUGCUCACCAUCAACAUAGAGAAAAUUGGUCUGAAAGAUGCUGGGCAGUGCAUUGAUCCUUACAUCACAGUCAGUGUGAAGGAUUUGAAUGGGAUAGAUCUGACUCCUGUGCAGGACACUCCGGUGGCUUUGAGGAAGGAGGACACGUAUGUCCAUUUCAAUGUGGACAUCGAGAUUCAGAAACACAUUGAGAAACUAACAAAAGGUGCAGCUAUUUUCUUUGAAUUCAAACACUACAAGCCUAAGAAGAGGUUUACGAGCACCAAGUGCUUCGCUUUCAUGGAGAUGGAUGAAAUUAAACCUGGGGCAAUUGUUAUAGAACUGUACAAAAAACCCACUGAUUUUAAAAGGAAGAAACUGCAACUGUUGACCAAGAAACCACUCUACCUUCACCUCCAUCAGACAUUGCACAAGGACUGACCCCAGCUGUGACUCCUGAGGACUGAACCGCUGUCCCCAUAGCUGUGCGUCGUGGCAGGAGAGAGGGGCCAGAGGGGACCAUCGCAGCUGCACAGCGCUACUUGGGGGUCAGAGCCCAGCCUGCCCUCCCAUGGCGAGGCUGCUUUCAGUUCCUUCCUCAUCCAGGUUUUUCCAAGAGCCCUGAAAUUCGUUGACUGCUUUUCCUAAUUUUGCUGUUCACUUUUUUUUCCUCUUAAGCGUUCUUGUCCUUUCACCUCCAGCUCCACCCGAGGAUGGAGAAGUGCCCCUUUGCCAAACCUGUAGCAAUAAAGAGGUGGCAGCCUACUCACUGGUCACACGCUGUGCUGCUGGAGUUCCUCCUCUCCCCUGCAUUUCCCAGUUCCUCUGCAGCAGGUGGGGAGGAAGAGGAGGAGGUGGGGAGGAAGAGGAGGUGGGGCAGGAGAAGGAGCCUUGAGGUACCGCAAGUGAUUUGAAGCGAAGGAGAGGAAGGUGGUGGUGGUGGGGACAGUGGGGUGGCCCCUCAGGAGAGCUCUUCAGUCAGGUGUUCUGCUUUGGUGGGGCAGGAGGAGGACAACUGCAGAUGAGAACAUUCCAGAAUCUUAUCCUCAGCCUCACCUGAUCCACUCCUGCCCAGUUUUGGAUGCAGUACAGCCCCUGGUAGAGUUAAUUUCUCUCUCUCUCUUGUCUGAGUGAUUUGCAGAGGUGGGUGGGGGACAGAGGGAGGCUUUCUCCAGGGCUUCGUGUCACCGUUUCGGUGACAGCAGGACAGGCCCCUCAGUGUCCAAGAGUCAAUGUUCCAGAGCUUUAGGUGAAGCUGAUCUGAGUAGCAGGUUGACCCACUUUUUACAUGAAACUGCUGUUCUUAUGGAAACUGGUUGUAUGCAGUUUUCUGCGUAUUUUGUGCAAGUCUGGAAACUUACUCUAAAAAAAAAAAAAUUACCUUUUUGUGUAAGUAGAUAGGAUUAUCAUUUAUUUUCUAUAUUUUUGGUGUGUAAUAAGCUGCAGGACAUUGGCUUAUUUUGACACACUUGCAUUCACUUUGUGACCUAAUAAAGGGACAGAAGUAGAACCCAGUCAAAUCUUUCCUAUAUUUGCGUGGAUAUUUAAUACAGUACUUUAAGGUUUGAUAGACUUCUUGCAUCUCUAACUAGUGCCUAAAUACUCUGCUACGCUCACAGAAGACCCAGCUCCCAAAAUAGUGACAAAUAGUAAGUUUAUUUUAAACCAUCUGGGUGCAGAGAUAAAUAUCACCAAUUCCUCUUUGUCAUGUAACCCCAAGAUGCUAUAUUAUGCUUUAAUGGGAAGUUACUUUUCCUUGUGAUAUUUGUUUGUUUUGGGAUAAAAAGCUAUUUUUGAAUGUCCUAAUCUUGCCUCCCCUUUUUUUCUGGUAUAACUGGGGGUGAUGUUAUUUAGGUGUUAUGACAAAAGGUCAGCAACGCUUCCUCAAAUUCCACUGCUGGUUGGAGGGGGUGAAAAAAGUAAGUGCAAUUGAAUUUUCCUGUUUACGGGUCUUUACAAUACCCCGGUGGCGAUAUGUUUAAUAUCAGGCCCUGAAAAGAGAUCCCUACAAGUUACAAAGUACCUCUGAAUGCAGCGUUCUGGGUGCCUGACCAAAGGGGGGUGCGUGUUCUUAAAAAGAAGGUUUAUCCAUGUGUCAUUAAGCCACUACACCAAUCCAGCCCGUGGUUCCAGCCGCUUCCCUUGCCUCGUCCCCGGCUUGUCGAUGUCUGUGUAACUCCAGUUAUACCCAAUGUCAACUCGGAAGUAUUUUAUUUUUUUGUUAAAUACACAAGUAGAGCUUUGUAUUUAACUAAUUGUGAAUUAACGUCUGUAGAGUGUGAAAUACCAUUUUUCAAGCUGCUUCUGUCCUUUGUGUUUUUUCUAUAAACUGUCUCUGGCUGCUGGGACUGCUGCCCCAGCACGAGCUCCUGAACUGUGCUGUGUUUAGUGAUGUUCUGUCUCCUUUCUCUCCUUAAAUCUACAGCUCUGUACUUGUGCUGUAAGUGUAACGCCUACACAGCACCUUCAGUGGCUGCCUGUACUCCAGCAGUAAAGCUCUAAUGGCCUUCCA